AUGCUUGUCAAGCAGUCUGCGGUGCUGUGUAGGAGGCUGGGUCCGCUCUGUAGGACGUUUGCUUCGUGGAAGGACUAUGAACUCGUCGCCAAACGCCUCGACCGUGAGUUCCCUGCUGAAGACCCUAGAAUGGUGAACGCUUACCGUAUUAGAACUUUGGCGCUGGAGCUUGACGACUUCAUAGACGAUCCGAGGGCGGUGCUGAAAGAAAAAGAUGCGGCAGGCAUAGUCAACCAUUGGAAGCACAUAUACGACGCUCGUCUACAUGCUACUGUUUACCCGGAGAUGGCUGAGGACAAGGAGUCCUGUCAAGGCGAGUCAUCGAGCUGGGAGCAUGACCGCAUCUCGGUCGAGAAGGACCCAUCCAAGCAAGUGGCGGAUUUAGCCAACGCUAGUACCAUCCGUCGGGCUAGGGAGGUCGACAGGGCCAUGCAAAAGGACCGAGCCCACCGUAUUAAGAACUAGAAGAUAACUUUUUUCACCACUCCGGACACUUAGCAGAUUCUGUGGAGUAUUUAAUCUUACAGCGAUCAUCACUACUCUCCCCAUAAUAGUCAUUAUUGCUCUCACACGCGGGGAUGCCAGCCAUCCCUACUCUUUGGCUCCUAGUG